AUGUCGUUAUCGCGUAAGUCGGAAGAAGAGCACAAUUCGCCCGGCGAUGAAGCCCUGGAGGAAGUAAACCAACACGUUAGAGAGGCUUUUAAUAUUCUGAAGCGAGAGACGAAUAAAGUUCGCAAAGAGAAGGAGGCUUUUGACGAGGUGGCGAAGAAACUUGAGCACAUCCACUUCUCAAAGAUGCUGAAACUUAAUGUCGGCGGCCACCGUUUCGAUACCAGUUUGGAGACUAUGAACAAAGAUCCAGGUACCUCUUAUAAAAUUAACAGACGUUUUAACGAAAUCAGUCCAGUUGGUCCUUCAAUGGAAAUAUCAUGGUAUAACAUCUAAUGAUAUAAAAUUAUGCACUUGAACUACUUUCACUUUCGGCGGUUUGAUAGAGGAACCUAAAUCACAAACUACAAGUUUUGCCCCAUAGAGAAAAAGCUCUGUUUGUGGAAAAAAUAGUUUCUGACGCUUUUUCGUACAUUUUUAUUUAGUCUAGUAUUUAUAAACUUUGCUUUUGAGUAGAAGUGUACUCGACUGUGAAAAAUAUUUGUAAGCUAGUUCGGGGAAAAGAUUUCACCCCAACUUUCUUGUGAAAACUCCUCUUAAAGGGCAGCUAUAGACACUAAUAUAUGUUUUUAUUCUCAGGGUCGAUGCUGCACGCCAUGUUUUCUGGAAGAUUUGACACAAAACCUGGCGAGGAUGGAUCUUACUUUAUCGAUCGAGAUGGAACACACUUCCGACAUAUCUUAAAUUAUCUUCGCACUGGAAAACUUAUGCUACCAGAUGACAAAAUUGUGCGUAACGAAUUACUAACCGAAGCCGAGUUUUACCAGAUCGAAGGAAUAAUUGAAGAUUUGAGAGCAAGGCCGUUCAACGCUUCUACGAUCCUUUCAUCAGAGCAACGAAAACAACUGAUCGACUUCCUGAAGGAAACCAUCGAAAGUGCAAGUGACGACUACGUUUUGUUAUACCGCGCUUCCCAGAAUGGUUGGACAGCUGCCAACUUUCACUCUUACUGUGACGGCAAAGGACCCACAGUUAUAGUAAUCAAGAGUGGGAACUACGUGUUUGGAGGAUACACUGAAGAACAAUGGGAUCAACCUGGUAAGUCCUUAUAACUCUAACGCACUUUUCACUAACUUUUGUUGUAGUCUUUUGUUUUCUUCAAAUAAAAAGUUGAGUUUCGAAUUGCGUGACGUCUGUAUGUUGGGAAGACGGAAGUAGGCUCAUGAUCCCUCACUUCGUUUAACUCGUGACCAUUCCUCUAUGAAAAAGGCUCAAUACUGUCAAUUAACCCCUCAGAAGUACUUUGACAUAAAAAUUAAAUAAUAAUAAUAACAAGAAUAAAAAGUGUUUUCAUCGAACAAAAAGUUGAGUUUCGAAUUGCGUGACAUCUGCAUAUUGGAAAGACAGGUAAGCCCAAAAUUUCCCUCGCUAUUCUAACUUGUGACCAUUCUCCAAUGAAAAGUCUCAUUCCUCCCAAAAUUAAACUAGCCGCAAAAAUUAUUUGAUUUAAAUUUUGCCCGUCACGCAGAAUCUAUUGUCAUGGUUUGAAUUAUUUUUAGACAAAGGCACUUUUGUUCGUUAUCCUCCGAGACUUUACCUUCGGGUAGUUUAUACCGCGCGCGGCAAGUUUAGAGUUCAGGAGAAAAUGUUUAUAUGAGGCAACGUUUCCGUUGGGACAGUUUCGAGGCCGAAGAGAUUUGAAGAGAAAAUGACGUGUGCAGUAAGGAAGGGGGGGGUAGGGGUUUUAAAGUCGAUUGUUGACAUUAACUUAAAUGCCGUGCUGACUUUGCCGUUUAGGUUGUUACGACCGAUUUAUUUUUCGUUUACACCAACUUGUUCGGUUGAUGGUUGAAUAAUAGAAAAAGCAUUCUAAAAGCUAAGUUUUUUCGUUUUUCUCACGAUGUAGUCACGUGUGAUGUAGAUCGCGACGUUUCCACUGCAUACUUUUAGUCUUCUUCAGACGAUGAGGUCGACUAGUCAUGCGUGAUCUUAAAAGCCUGAUGCUCUGCUGAGAUUAGCUGUUUUUUAACAGCUCUGAUUGGUGCAUUUCAAUCCUUUUUCCAUUUUCCAAUCAGAGCUGUUGAAAAACAACUAAUCACAGCAGAGCAUCAUGCUCAUAAGAUCACGCAUGACCAGUCGACCUCAUCGCCUGAAGAAGCAGUAUGCAGUCGAAAUGUCGCGAUCUACAUCACACGUGACUACAUCGUGACUGUGCUGAGAAAAUGUAAGACUGUUAGAAAAAAUCCCUCCGAAAAUGUCAAUGCAUAAGAAGAGUUUUAUACUCAUAUAAAGGAACUUUUACUCACUCUUCUCUAAGAGCCUCUCGGACCGUUUUGGAUGGGUAAAUCAUCUGGUCAAUGUAGAGAACGUUUUAUAAUCCGAGACUUUUGUUGUUGUUGUUGUUCAGCUGGAGGAGCCAAUUACAAAAAAGCUCCUGAGUCUUUCCUGUUCAGCCUUGUCAACCCAAACAGUUUACCCCCUUCAAAGCUACCACUGAUAACUGGAAAAGAGGGGAAUGCAGUCCACUGUCACAAUGGGUAUGGGCCCACAUUUGGAAGUGGCCAUGACCUUCGUAUUGUCAGUGCUCCAAAUUCUAACAACUGCAGUGUCAGCCUGAAUAACUCGUACCAGUGUCCUACCGGUCAGAAUGCUGCCACAUUUCUUCAAGGGAACCAGAAUUUCACCAUUAGUGAAAUGGAAGUUUUUGGCUUUGAGAAGCAGUGAAAAUGCUUCGAUAUAAUUCUGCAAUUGGGGCGAUCGGUACUGCUUUCCAGAAAAUUGUGUCUUUUUCAUGUUUUUCUUAUAAUUACAUUGAUAAAAUGGUCGAUCGGUUUGUCAUUUUAGAAUAGGGUUCAGUUGUUACCGAGACCUGAGGGCAGAAUUCUUAGAAUAAACUUCUGUGAAACUUGCUAGAGUGUGCUGAUUCUGUCUCGAGAUCUCUAGGAAAUACAUACUGGACGGAAAAGCAUUUGCAAAGAAGACUGCCCGUAAAUGUACUAAUAAAGGGUAAGAGUCACUUAAGGUGUUUCGACAGGAACCGUGGGUGGGGGCAGGUAGGGUCAGUUUGUUUCAUCAUGGUUGUAUUGGGGAGGGGGGAGGGUGAGUAAGGUUUUUUAACUGGCUUCUCAUUAAAAUUUAUGGGGUUGCCAAAUUUUUUAAAACUAUCUUAGGUCAAUACUCUUUAGAGCUGAAAGGAAGGUCGUGUUUUGUACUUAUGCGAGGUCAUAUUAAAAAAAAAAAAAAAAAAAAAGGAACCGUCAUUUCCAUCUAAAUUUCUUUUCUCCUUAAAAUUAAGCGUUGCUCCAGUCGUCUUGGUUCUGUAAUGAGAUGAGAAGUAGUGUUAUAUGUAAUCCUCAGGUGGAAAAUUCGAAUUUCAAGCAUAACAAGUUCUCUACACCGAGAAAGAGAGGCUAAGAAAUCGCACCUUGGACCGAUGCAUACUCUAUAAUCAAAGCCCCGGCCAUUCGAAGGCCGGAUGGCGAAAAAUUCUAUCUAAAGGAUAAAUCGCUAUCCAGCGGAUAAGAGUUAAAAAAGAAUGCUGAAUUAUCCAACAGAUAGAGAUUUAUCCAGAAGAUAGCGUUAUCCACCCUUUGAGUAAGUUUUGUGGCUUAUUAUUUUAAGAAAUUUUUUUCUGCGGAUACUUACUUUUGUCGAUCCAGGAAAAUCAGAGAACUAUCAAAACCAUAACAUUUUCAUACAUCCUUUCUAUCUUUUGUAAAGUUCUAUAUUAUUUUCAUUCAUCUCCUCGUCUGGCAUUAAUUUUAAAUGUUAUUUUCUCCUCUUUGCAUUUGGUUGAAUUUAGCGAUUUCAUUCUAAUAGCGGGUUUCUUGCAAAGUCAGUGGUGUUCAGCUAAAUGGUGUAAAUAUAGAAUCACAGUUAUUGAUGAUUAACAUCAUUAAUUUUCAUGCAUGGCGUGACGACUUGACAUUUAUGCAUGAUUAAAUUGAUUCACCCAUAAAUUUCCGAGAAGUCAACAAACCGAGGAUCAAAGCAGCACGGACAUUCUCAGAUUAGACGAAUUAUCUCGGACUUCUCGGAAAAAAGUUUAAUUUCGAUUCCUGUCCUUUUGUAUAACCCCCUUGAAUUAAGAUGUCUUCGAAGCGUAUCCCAAAGAAAGAAUUACCCGACGAUGAAGCCUUAGACGAAGUAAAUAAACACAUCAAAGACGCUUUCGACAUUCUGAAGCGUGAGACGAACAAGCUUCGCAAGGAAAGAAAUGCGUUUGACGAGGUGGCAAAGAAGCUCGAGCAUGUUCAUUUCUCGACCAUGCUGAAACUCAACGUCGGAGGCCAUUUUUUCUCCACAAGUUUGGCGACUAUGACUAAAGAUCCAGGUACUUUGAAGCAAGUUUUGAAUUUUGAACUAAGACUGAGAUCUAGCUGUCUGAUAUACUGAACAAAGUUCGCUUCCAUUCAAUUGUUAUCCAUUAAUUCAAAUCCUGUUUGCGUUCGUAGCUGUUUUAUUAGUUGAGAAAAAAAAUUCUUACGUUUUGAAGGCUGACUUCUGCUAUUAAAAGAGCUUACACCUGUCUCUUUUCUUAAAACGAACAGACACGUGGAACGCAAUCUUAAAUAAUCCGCCAUUAUUUUCAGUAAUUAAUUGAAUACAUCACGCUAAAAGACAUUUUCGAUAUGGUUGAAUGCUUUGUGAUGUUCGAUGCCACCCGCCAUCGAAUUUGGCCAAAUUGGGUAAAUGAAGUUGAUUCUUUUUGAAAAAAUCGGAUUUAGGUAUUAAAAGGGUUUUGUUCAUCUUGUUUUCACAGGUUCCAUGUUACAUGCCAUGUUUUCAGGCAGAUUUGACACAAAACCUGGUGAUGAUGGAUCUUACUUCAUCGAUCGAGAUGGAACACACUUCCGACAUAUCUUAAAUUAUCUUCGCACUGGGAAACUCGUCUUACCGGACGAUAAAGUCGUUCGCAAGGAGUUGUUAAACGAGGCAGAAUUCUAUCAAAUCGAUGGGAUACUCGAUGAGUUGAAAGCAAAACCGUUUAAAGAUUCUGCAAUUCUCUCUUCAGAACAGCGCGAAACCUUGGUGGACUGGUUGAAGCACACUCGCGAAAGCUUAAGCGACGAUUACGUGUUGUUAUACCGAGCUUCUCGCGAUGGAUGGACCGCCUCUAACUUUCACUCCCGCUGUGAUAACAAAGGACCAACAGUUACAGUGAUUAAGAGCGGAAAUUACAUAUUUGGAGGAUAUACUGAGCAGGCAUGGCAAUCGUCAAGUAAGAGACCUUUCUUCCUUUAUCCCCCUUCCCCCCCCCCCAUGAUAAAAUAUCUCAUCAUAACAUUUUGCUCUCAAAGUUGUUGUUUACUUUCCCUUUACAAUUUAAUUACAGAAGCAAGAAGUCUUUUGUUUGGGAAUUUCUAUAUUUUUUUUGUUUUCUUUUUUGGGGAGAUGUAACAAUGAUUUUGCCAAAAUACGAAAAGAACUUAAAUCGGUCAGAAAGUGAUACCUUUACAAUCGAUUUAGCUCUACAAAAAACUGCCAAAUGAGAGCUUCCUGGCAUACAGCACAAACCAUCUUAAGAAUCUUUUAGUAAGCCUUCUCCUUUCACAAAUUAAUGAAAAACUAAUAGCAGUUUCAAUAAACCACUCCCCCUCCUAUCUAGCACAGUGAUAAAAGAGUUGUCAGCUUGCUCACAUUUCUGAGGAAUAAACCCUUUUUACUGACAGUUCAAUGAAAAUAUAAGGUUUUAAAGGACCCCCUUAUAUCAUGAAUAAUGCAUUGCUGUUUUUGUUGUUGUUGUUAUCUUAUUUUUGUUUGCUUGUUUUGUUUUUGUUUUGUUUUGUUUUUUUUUUUUGUUUUCCUGUUUUGUUUUUUUGUUGUUUGUUUUUCGUUUGAGAGGGACUUUUGUCUUAUCACAGGAUGUUUUUGGUAUAUUUUUAUCUAGGUGUUAAAAUGAAUCUUUAAAAAGUUAACCACUAAGCCUUCUUUAUUUCAAGGAAGUGAACUUCUGUCUCAUACCAUAGUAAGCUAAGGUCAGAGUGAUUUUUUAGAGGUCGUGAUGCACUGACAUGAAAAUGACAGUUCUGGCCACAAGUACAGGCAUUAACUAUUGCUGUGACAAUUUCUUGUCCUGGUUUUGUCCCUAUUUGCUAUCGAUAAUUGUCGUACAACCAAUCUAACUUAGUAAAUAUUUUUUUAUCAGGUACUGUACUGUACAAAAGAGCACCAGGUUCUUUCCUGUUCAGCCUUGUCAAUGCUAGUGGCUUGCCACCAACAAAGUUGCCUUUGGUAGUUGGAAAGGAAGAAAAAGCUAUCUCUUGCUACAGUAACAAUGGUCCAAUAUUUGGAGGUAACGAUCUUAGCAUUACAAAUUCUCCAAAUUCUAACCUGUGCACUGUAAACCUCAACAACAAGUACCAGUGUCCAGUUGGUCAGAAUGGUACUACGUUUUUAACCGGAAAUCAAAACUUUUAUGUGAACGAAAUGGAAGUAUUUGUAUUCGAAAAUUAA